UGAAUUUAAAAGCCCAUAUUUCCUUAUGGCUUAAAAAACCUCUCAAUUUAUUAGAACUUAAUUUUGUAUGGAUCCUUUUCGUAGAAAUGAUGUGGAAAAUCUGUCUUUGUUUGUUGGGACUUGUGUUAGAGCUUUGUACAUCAAAAACUGAGAUACAUUCCGGAUCGUUUUGUCCGGAUAUCUUCCCUCCUAAAUCUGGAGCAUGCCCGUGGCUUCCGUUGUGGACAUCAUGUGACUGUAAGAAAGAAAACGUAUGGUGCAGAAAAGACUCGGACUGUCCAGGGAGAGAAAAAUGUUGUACCUUUGGUUGCGGUUGCAGAACAAUGUGUAUAAAACCAGACUUUAACGGUUUCGUGAUAUAUCCUCCACCUCUACACUCGAUCUGUCAAUUACCCAGAAUUCCGGGUCCCUGUAUAGCGGCCAUUCCUCGCUGGUGGUAUAAUAUGGCGUCCAGACAAUGUGAGAUUUUCCGCUUCGGAGGAUGUUGUGGGAACAGAAAUAAUUUCCUGACCAAAGAAGACUGUGAAUUCAGCUGUUUAACUGUUUACCGCAAAUAAUUUUUUUUCCCGGUUAAUCACAAAAGAGGACUGUGAAUUGAGUUGUUUGACUGUACAACGGAAGAUUUUAAAAAUAAAAUUUGCUAGUGUGGCGUAAUUGAAUUUAUACAAACCAAAGUUAAUA